AUGGUGCUACCAAUUACCCAAUCUUUUGUUUUUCCCUUAGAUGAAGGCGGUGAUCUCAUAGUCAAGACGUGCAAGAAAACACCCCAUUAUGAUCUCUGUGUGUCAACUCUACAAUCAAACCCUCAAAGCUCAAACACAGAUGUUCCAGGACUAGCCCACAUAAUAUCUGAUUUUCUUCUAGCAAAGGCAACUGAUACACUGGAUUACAUCCAUGGCCUGCUCAAGCAGGCUCCAGAGGCAGAGUUACAGAAAGCCUUGGCAAACUGUGCUGAAUUGUACAUCCCAGUGGUGAAGUUUAGUCUGCCACAAGCAAUUGAUGCACUGACCAAUGGCCAUUUUGGGUUUGCCAACUAUGGCAUUUCUGAUGCUGCCAAGGAGGCUGAUGCAUGUGAGAAAGGGUUUUCAGGAUCUACCACAUCACCUCUGACUGAUAGGAACAAACUGGUAGACAACCUCUCUGGUGUGGCUGUGGCCAUUAUCAAUUUGUUAAAGGGCAGCUGA